UUCCGGAGAGAGGCACCGCUGCAGGCUUGUGUCGAGCCGGUGAGGAAGGCGGCCGGAGAAGGAGGCAUGGCGCUGCCGGGUGGAAAUAAGGAUAACAUCAGAGCAGGAUGCAAGAAGUGUGGCUACCCUGGUCAUCUGACAUUUGAGUGUCGAAACUUCCUCCGAGUAGAUCCUCAAAGAGAUAUCGUUUUGGAUGUUAGCAGCACUAGCAGUGAAGACAGUGAGGAGGAAGAACUACAGCGGUUGCAAGCCAUGCGUGAAAAAAAGAGUUUAAACGAGGAGGAAGAAAAAAAGAAACGAAAAAGAAAAAGCAAAGAAAAAACAAAAUUAAAGAGAUCAAGGAAAAGAUCUUCCUCAUCAAGUGAAACUGAAGAGGAUGGGCCAAAGUCAAAGAAGCAAAAGUCUCACAAAAAAGAAAGGGAAAAGGAAAAAAAGAACAAAACUAAAAAAGGAAAGCAUCAUAAAAAGGAAAAAAAGAAGAGACGAAAGGAAAAAAGCUCAUCUUCUGAUAGUUCAGAUAGUUCUAGUAGUGACUGAGGUGCUAGCCUGUUUUUAUGUGCACUUCUGCAGGGAAAAUGAUUUUCCUUUCAAAUCAAAUUUAUUUAUGCUAUGAAAAUGCCAUUUUAAAAUAAGAUGUAUAUGUAUUUUUAAGAAAUCUAUUUGCAAAUAUCAGUGCUUAAAAUUUAUUAAAUGGACCAUUUGGGAGAAAAAUAUGUUCUUAGUUCCAUUGUGAUUAGUUGUUUGGAAUCCUUUACAGUAGGAUAUGGUAAACUUUACAAGUGUUUGUGUAGAAAGCUGUGGAUUUAAAUAUGCUUGAUGUCAGAAUGGUUAAAUCAAAUUUGGAAAUUCAGGUUAGGUUUUCUGUUUGGGCCCAAAGAAGGGGAACAAUGGGCACUGAGAUGCUAAAAGAGAUUACUCCUUCAAAAUUAUCUUCUAAAAUUGAUCUAGUCAUAGACUCUGAAACACAACUGCACAUUGUUUUGGCAGGAUCACUGUGAGCAAGCUGAAAACAAACAAAAGCAAAGAAAAGCUAUUAGUUUUUCGAAGUCUUUUCUUUCUGCCUAGUUUUUGUUCUUUUACAAUUGCAACCAUUUCAGCAUAAAGUGCCACUUCCUAAAUCCAGGUGUUUGUCCAGCAAGAUGGUUUACAAAGUUUUAAAGAACAAGUUAAUACAGUAUGUGGUGAUUAAUGCCUACCUGAACUGAAACAGGAAAUUAGAAGACUGACAAUUGACAAGAAUCAUGAAGCUUCCAUUUCAUUCUAAUCAAGCUCCCAUUGAAAAGUUUUAAAAAACCCAAAUAAACCUCUUGUGAAUAGAAGCAAUGUUACGGUCAGUAGCAAAAUUUACCCUUUGCUACUGGGAGCAAUGUUAAGCAUGUCAGAAUUUUACAACUGAAUUCUGGAGUAUCCAAUUAAUAUCUUGUACUAUUGUAGGCUAUAGGUUCGAGACAGACUGAUAAUUUUGAGCAGAUUUUCAACAUGUAAUGGUGCCUGCAUUUGGCCUGAAAGUGAGUUGGUCCCUGAGCAGCCUGGUCUAAUAGGAGGUAUCUUUGCCUGUGCUCAGGAGGCUUGAAACUAGCUGAUCUUUAAGAUCUCCCAACCCCUAUCAUUCUGUGAUUCUACCUACAUCUGAUUGUGUCUUUC